UCUCCUACUUUCGCUUCCUUCCUCUCUUGUCCUCCUCAUCCAGCUCCUCCCAAAGCUUGAGUCUUUUUUCUUUUUUUCUUGUUUUGUUUUCUUUCUUGGUAGGAGUAACAAUAGUAGGUCUCUUCCUCUCUCUCUCUUAAUCCAAGGAGAGAAAUCCAGAGGCAAAGCUUCAGGGUUUGUAAAAAUUUUGGAUCUAAUCGACUAACGGAAAAAGCGAGAAAAAAAAUCAUGAGCCACUUCGCCGCCGCCAUGAAGAGCCCUCUCCCGGUCGCCGCCGCCGCCGCCGAUGGCAAGAGCCCGCUCUUCUGCCCCAAACCACGCCGCCCCGUCGCGCCCCUCCGCUGCCAACACGAUGCCGGCGCCAGCAUGGAUCUCCUCGACCUCCUCCUCUCCAAGGAGGAGAGCAGCUUCGCGGCGGCCUCGUCGCCGCAGCCGCCGCUGUUCUGCGGCUCGCCGCCGCGGCGGGCGUCGAACCCGGUGGUGCACGACAGCCGGUUCGGCGUCGACUGCCCGCCCAUGCCGGCGUGGCCCGUGGUCGCGGCGCCGCUGCCGAUGCCGGCGCCGGUGGCGGUCGUCCACCGCCCCACCCCGCGUCCGGCGGCGGCGUCGCCGAUGCCGAUGUCGCCGCGGGGCGGGUGCGCCCGCGCCCGGUUCGCGUUCCAGCCGGCCGCCGUCCGCGUCGAGGGUUUUGACUGCCUCGACCGCGGCCGCGGCGGGCGCGGCCAUGGCAUCACCGCCAUGGCCUAGAUGCACAUACAUAACCAUGAAACACCACCUCUCUUCUCUCCUCCAUGGUGCAAAAGAAAGAAGCUUUCUUGAGCUAUUCACAACCACUCAUGGAGGUAGAGGGAGAUGGGAGUGAGAGAGAGGAGGAGAAAAUUUUAAGCCCUAAAUUUAACCCUAAAAAACUAUAUAAUUUCACAUCCCAUCCUUCCAUAUAAUCCCACAAGUAUAAUGAGUUUAGGUAAUUUACCCAAAAAAUCUUUUUGUAUGUAAAUAAAUCUCAGGUCAAGGUCCUUGAUGUAAAUUCUAUGGGGGGUUAGAAAUUUAGUGGGAGGAUGCAGGGACAACAAAAGGGCAUCUCAUCUCAAGAACAAAGGAGAGCCCUUUUGGAUUAAUCAAAUUUUUUUCUUUCAUCUGUUCCUGCAACUCUCUUAUGGGAUUAGCCAAUUGAAUUAGGUGGGAGGGGGGGUUGGGAUUAGUUAGGUAUCUGUCCUAGUUAUUCUAUCAUGAUGCUUAUUUUUGGUUUUUGAUGGAAUUGUUUUUUGUCCAUGCAACCAAGAAAUGCAAAGGCCAUGGAGAUAUGUACAAAAGAGUGGCUACAAGAGGGUGAGUAAGAGAGCAGCUUAGCUAGGUUAAGUCAAUCAGUGUGAGGGAGACAUGAAUGAUGUAUCUGUGAUAUCUUCUUUUUGUAUAUUGUAAUAUCUUGUUGGAUUUCCAAUCAAGCAACCUGUAUAAUAUGCUAUGAUUAUUAUCGUCACCACUAGUC